AACCGUUAAAUCCGUGCAUCCGAACAAAGAACAAAGCUGAACAAAGGAAACGAGGCCUCCAGCCUCAAGGAAACAAGAAAGUUUAUAAUUUUAUGAAUAAUAUAAAUACGUAUAUUUCUGGACACAAGUGUACGUCAGUAGAACUCAGCUCUAGUGUAAAAUGAUGCUUGGAAGGAAAAGGAGAAGUCGGAGAUCUAUUCAAGAUUCUUCCGACUCUUUGUCCGACAGAACUGAAAAUCCACCGGCAAUUGCAAGCAGUUCUGAAGAACAGACUUCAAGUUUAUCUUCUCAACAAUCGCUUGUCGAUUAUUCGCCAAGACAUUCACAGCCAUCAAAAUUGUCAACGAGGAAGAACACACUUGAGAAAUCAAAGUCACGUAACGCACGUUCCUCUAGAAGAUUAUACGUUGAUUCAACUUCUUCAACGCCUGACACUGUUCAAGAAAAUCAGAUUCAUUUACGUAUUUUAGAUGAAAAAACCAAUAUUUACCAUUACGUGAAAAAUGGUACACCGAUUAAUGAAAUUGUAAACGAAUGGAUUCAAGAAUACAAGUUGAAUAAAAAAGAUGCUGUCCUAUUGUUAAUACAAUUUAUUAUGGAUUCAAUUGGCUGCAAAAAGUUUGUUACACAUGAAAUGUAUGAUAAUCCACGAUUAAUGAAAAUCAUUGAUGAAGAAUUUUGCUUUACUGAGGAUGGAAAGUAUCAUUUAUUAAGAUACACUUUUGAGUGGAAAGAAUUUUGCGACAAUUUCUCACAAUUUAUGCAUAUUUUAAUUGAGGAGUGUUAUAAGAGUGAGAUAAUUUAUGAUGCUUAUUUUAUCGACAAAUUUAUACAUUUUUUGAUUAAAUCGUCUGGAUCGCAUUUUCAAGGAUUAAGACACACAACAACACUUGCAGCUCUAAAAAUCAUUUCCAGUUUGAUAAAAAUAUUGAAAUCCUUAAGACGCUCCUCAAGUGAUAUUUCUCAAUCUGAGUCCGAUGUUGAAAAUAGUCGAAUAAUACAUGAACUAAUAGUUAAAUUAAUAGAUAAAGUUUUUGCUUUGAGAUUUGUCGACAGCAUUGCUAAAAUUCGAUCAAUUUGCAUGCAAGAACUCGACUUUUGGUUUCAAGCAAUACCCGAGUUAUUUGUUAAGGACGACUUUCUCAAAUACAUUGGACGCUCAAUUUCUGAUGGUGAUCCAGAAGUGAGAUUAAUAUGUCUCGAAAUUUUGCAACCUUUGUAUAAUGCAAAUGAUAUGAAGGAAAAGUUGCAUGAUUUCAAUAAGAAAUUCAAGGAGAGAUUGGUUUACAUGACACUUGAUGUAAAUUUCGAUGUUGGCGUUUUAGCAAUGAAAAUUGUUAUAGAAAUUCUGAAGAAAGAUCGCCAAGUUCUGAGUAUUGCAAAUUAUGAAUAUAUUUUUAAACUUGUGUUUGAAAGACAUCAGCCACUCGCUCGAUUGGCUGGCAAGUUUCUUCAGAUUUAUAUUUCCAACUCAUCAAGUUCAGACAAUGAUAGCAUGACGUCGGAUGCAUCUACAAAUACGACACUUAUUCGAGACUUGGUAGUAUUUUUCCACGAAGCAGAUACUCCCCAAUUUGCUGAUUUAUUUGUAGAUGCUAUGAUCGAUGAAGGUGAAGUAUUGAAAGAUUGGAAUUUAAUGACUAAUUUGUUGCUUGAAGAUGAAAUAUCUUUGGAUAAAGAUGUGGUUACUACCUUUGUGGUUAUUAUGGUUUCUUCUAUCAAGCAAGCAGCUACAGGUGAACUUCCAAUUUAUCGAGAAUCAACACAAAAAGUAACGGCGAGUGUAAAGAAACAAAUUAAAAAUGAUCAGGAAAUAAUCACUAAACAUUUCAUUGAAAUUUUACCGGAUUUGAUUGUUAAAUACAAACAAGAUUUUGGAAUUCUCGCUCAGCUUCUUUUGAUUCCGAAAUAUUUUGACUUGAACAUUUACACGAAAUUUAGGAAACAAGAACAACUUGAUUUAUUAUUAGUCGAAAUUCAAGCGUUAAUAGAAACGACUGAGGAUUUGGAAGUACUGAAAAAUGCCAUUCAAGUUCUUUACAACUUGUGCACUGAAGGAUAUGCUAUAUUCAACAGCUGUGAUACAGUACGUUCGAGAAUAAUUGACGGAAUUAUUCAGACGUACAAGAAAAAUGUUGAAGACUUAUCAAUCGCGAAUGCAAGUGGCGAUAGUAGUGCCGAAAGUUUCUCAAAGAUUACAGAGGAUCUCAAAAAAAUAGCUUAUUUCUACACUUCAUUUGAUCUGAAUUCUUGGGAAAUUUGGGAUUCGCUUUUGAAUCAUAUUGUAGAUGCUUUAUCGAUAAAAUCGGAGAAAUCGAUACCUGUUGAAGCUGUAAAGUAUUGUCUAAUGGCACUGCAUAAUUCGAUUUUAUAUGAUCGACGUCACAUGAAAGAUUGGAUCGAUUCUGAUUCUCAAAUUGAAGACCGAUGUAAUCUUCUUCGCGAGCAUCUGGACACAUACAUGGCGAUGAUGAUUGACCUUAUAACUGAGGAAAAUGUAAAAACGCCUGUGGAUAUGAUUUUAAAGAAUCACUCUCACUCAUCCUUUUGCGAUUUGUCACUUAUUUUUUCUGAUCAAUUAAAAUCGCAUCCCAAUCCUCUGAUGCAUUCAUUGGUAUACGAAAUAGAUUCAAGAGCAGAAAAAGCAAUCUAUGUAUUUUUAUUGGAAAAUGUAUUCAUUCGUGAUGAAACUAAAAACAGAACGGAUGACCCAUCCAUCUCAAUAGAGCGCUUAAAUAAAAGACGAAAAUUCCUGGCAAAUUAUUGUAAACUUAUUACUUACAAUAUAAUACCAACAAAAUCGGCUUCACACAUGUUUACAUACUAUGAUGUAUUCAACAAAGAAUAUGGAGAUUUAUUUAAAGACACGUUAACUGCAGCGAUGAAUAUCAGUAGAGUAAAUUGUGCUUUAACAAUUCUUCACUCUUUGAUGAUUCUUUUCAAUGAAUUAAAAGAUGAGGAUGGCCUGGUUAAUAGUCACAGUAGAAAAUUCACUAAAGUACAGGAGUUGGCGAAGAAAUUUGUAGCACUAUUUGGAACGAGUGUUGAAAAAAAUAAGGAAGCUAUGGUUGCGUUGCAUCGAGCUGGAAUUAAGUUUAGUUUCGUAUUACUGGAAGGUGAAACGAUUGAUCUCUCUACACCGUCGUCAAAUCUUUCUUUUCUUAAAAUUCUUUCUGAAUUUGCAAACAAACUCACGGCGGAGGAUAAAAUUACCAUGGUGGAAUUUCUCGAUAAGGAACUUGAUUGGGAUAUUAAGUUUUUAAAGACUGAAAAGUGGUCGCCUUUGAAACAUUACCGAGGAUUGUUGGACCAGGGUAAAACGAAAGAAGCCGGGAAAAGAGACAAGAAUUCCGGGUCGAAGAAACAAGCAAAUCGAAAAUCUAGUACACCAGCAAGGAAAGAACCAUUGAAUAUAACUAGAACAAGGGUUCCAAAGAAAACUGCUCCUGAAUAUUCUGCCCCAUUGACCGAAAUUUCCAAUUUGUCUUUAAACUUGUCACCCACGUCAACAAUAGAUAACGCUUCGAACCCAUCGACAUCGACAGCGUCAAAUCUUGCGACUACUUUAGAAAAUGAGCAUUCAGAAUUAAUGGAAUGCAGUCCCAUAGAAAGUGCUGAAGAUGAAUAUGUUUAAAAGACUAGUAACCAGUUUCGUAUCUAAAAUUCUGUGCAAUUUUAUUUUUAUUCAGUGUAUUACAGUUACACUUUAAAUUAGGGUAAUUAUUUUCCUAAAAUUUUUUUUUAAUAAUUUUACUCGUUUUUACUUGUUUACUUUGCGUUUUUGUUAUAUUUUAGUAAAGAAUAUUAAUGCAAUUUUUCAUAUUCGAUUUACACUUGCGAAUUCAAGGAACAGGUUAAAAUUUAUCUUAAUAAUGAUAAAUUAUACCUAAUAAUUUGUCUA